GAGACAGAGAGAAAAUCAAACUUUGUGGACAACGGUGCUCCAGCUCCAGUGUGGAGUUCCACUUGGCAGCCAUGUCAGCAGUGAAGGAUAAGCUCUGGCUGCUGCUUGUUGGCCUACUGGCCGCAUUGAGCUCACUGCAGCACGGCUGUGAUGCCGCCUACCCAUAUUAUGGCACAAAGAUCGGCUCGCUGACACGACUGCAUCAUGGCGUUUCCGGUGACGUAUACGCCGUAGAUUCCCGUACGAUUUUCAUCAAGAAAUUCAACUACGAUGGAGAGGCGCCCGCCGCCUACUUUUAUGUGGGCAACACCGCCCGACCCAGCAACGAGGGCGCCUCUCGCCUGCGGGACGAGCGUGGGGGCACUGCCUCGCUGACGCGUCGCUACCGCAACAAGGACAUCACCCUAUCCCUGCCAGAGGGCAAGACGCUGCGGGAUGUGAAAUGGUUUUCGGUGUGGUGCGACGAGUUCGCCGUCAACUUUGGCGAUGUCGCCAUUCCGAGCACACUAGACUUUCCCCGUCCCCAGAAGAUCGGCGCACUGAGAGGCGUGCACGGCGUUUCCUCCGACAACAUUGUCAUUGUUGAUGCCCAGACGCUGCUGGUCCCCAACUUCAGCUAUGACGCCGAGGCUCCAGACGCCAAGUUCUGGGUGGGCCGUGGCCAGCGUCCCACCGCCGACGGCCUGCGCAUACCCGAUGAGAAUGGCAAAGAGAAUCCGUUGCGUCGCUACGAUCGCAAGACAAUUGUACUGACGCUGCCUGAAGAUCUGACCAUCUUCGAUAUUGGACACUUUGGCGUCUGGUGUGAGGCGUUCACCGUCGACUUUGGCCAUGUCCGCUUGCCGGAGGGCCUCAAUGUGCCGCCCUCGCUCAAAAUGCUGGGCAUCAGUCCACAGUCGAAGCUCAACUGCGAGGUGCUCUACGAUGAUCUGGCCUUCGAAGUACGCUGGGCCGUGGCCGGCGAGAGCAUCGUUGUGCAGCUGGUCGCCAAGUUGGAACCCAACAAUUACAUGGCCUUUGGCAUCUCGCCGAACAAGAACAUAAGCCAGAUGAUUGGAGCUGAUGCCGCUGUGGCGUGGGUGGAUCCCGAAACUGGCAACGGCUUUGCACAGGACUAUUUCUUGGAGGGCAAGUCUCAGUGCUCAGGUGGUCGAGGCGCCUGUCCGGAUAUUAAGAUAGUUCCCAACACCAACUCGGUCCGCCUGCUCAAUGCGGCCAUGGUGAAUGGCUACUCCAUUGUCACCUAUCAGCGGUCGCUGUCUGCCACAGAUAACUUGGACUUGCCGAUAUCAGUGAACGAAGCGGAGUCUGUCGUGUGGGCAAUCGGACCCUUGAACGAUUUCAGGGAGGUCUCCUUCCAUACUUACUAUAACAAGCAUUUGCAUCCGAUUGAGUUUGGGCGGCAGCCCAAAUGGAACUGCCCCCUGCCGGAGGGCGCUAAGCCGGGAAGCAGCAGCAGCUCAGCCGAACAAGAGGAAGAAGUCACUCAGAUUAGCUCCACUGGCGGUGCAGGUUAUCCGCCAGCGGGUCGUCCCAGCAUUGAACCUGAUGAGGAGUUUUAUGAGAACAGCCCACAGGCCCUGAAGCGCACAACACCCGCUCAAGCGCCACAAAGGCGCCAAGAGACGCUUUCCACGCAGCGUCGACCGGUACCCACACCCCGACCAGUGAGCAGCAAUGGUGCCUGGGAUAUUCCGGCCAUACAAUGCCACGAGCCAGAGGACGGUGUCUUCUAUGCUCAAAUGGGUCCGACAGGUGGCAAGCAUGGUUAUCCUGCUAUAACCGGCCACGUGGGCUGGGGUAUUUCCUGGUAUAUCAACGGGUUGCUGAUUCCCGAGAUUCAUGUGGUUAGAGGAAAGACCUACACUUUUGUUGUGGAGGGCGGCAACAAUCCGGACAUACCCGCCAAGUAUCAUCCCUUCUACAUUAGCGAUGAUCCAGUAGGCGGCUAUGAGCACAAGCGAGAGGAAGAAAAGAAGGCCGUACGCAUCUUUGCUGGUGUGCACCGAUCCAGAUCCGGUCAGGUGACUCCCACUGGGGUGGGACGUUUGUGCAACUGGACACCUGACGUUGAUGGACCGCCAGCGGAUGAUUAUCAGAGUUUCGGAGCGUAUCAACGCACAUUGACAUUGAAAUGCGACGCUGGUGAGCCGGGAGUGAUCAGCUGGAAGCCGGAUAGGAAUACGCCGGACACCGUUUACUAUCACUGCUUUACGCAUCGUUACCUGGGUUGGAAGAUACACGUGCAUGACUCAUGCGACAGCUUUGGUGAUGGUGUAGGCGCUGCCUCAGAGCGGCACGAGUUACGGCAGCCGGCACCCGUCCGGGAAGAUUAUGCUGCCGAAUCAUCGAUUCGUCACGAAACAAAGAUGGGAUCCGCGCUGCUGAGGCUCUCGAGGAGAGCCUACUGAGGAACCAAUCGAUCACCUCCGCACCACCGACACAGUUAAGAGAUAACAAC